AUGGCUGACAAUCCUGAUCAACUAUCCAUCUGGUGGAAGAUUUUCUUCCGUAGUGCUCUUGUCUUUGUUGCGACCUGCAUCACUAUCUGCGCGGCUAUCGUCGCGAUCCCGGUCUUGUUCGUCAUGUUCAUCCUCGUGGCAAUCUCGCCUGAGUCUUUCUCCAACCUCAGCUUCGGAGAUGGCACAGCACGCAUUCGACUUGACCUGAACAUCACCUAUGGUCAGCCGCGCGCUGCAGACCAACGUCCUCGUCGAACAAUUCCCUGUCCCACAAGCCCUAGAAAUGACCCACCUUCAAGCCCACAAUCCCCUUCAAGCCCUGCGCACACCUGGGUGCGCCAGUACCACGCGCGCGAACCAGCCCCUAUCGACACGACCUUCGCUGCUCAAAGACCUUAUACAUGGCGUGCGUCGUCUGAUUACUUGCCCUCACACGCAAACAUAACGAACUCAUUGCCUCCGUAUCUCCCACCCAUCUCAGACCCGGAAUCUAUACCUCAGUCGCUCUUUACUUCCCCAUACGGACUUUACACAUCCAUGGACCCUUCGCCUCCUACGCGUUCUAUUCCCAUAACUUCACCUCCCACCCGUCGUCGUGAGCGUGUCGACUCAAACUUCUCGUGGGCUGCAAGUGAGCGACUGCCUCCAGCUCGCCCAGACGAAGUCUCAUCAGGCGCCUCCCGUCCAGAGCACCUAAGAAGGAUUACAGCUGAAUCCAUGCCGGAGCUAGCUCCCAUCGUUGACAAUGAGUCUGAUGACGAAGUUCUGCCGGAAUACGAGCGACCCCCGGAGUAUGACGAUGAAAGACACAGCCAAUCUUCGCCGAGAUGA